UAACCUACCUGUUUACUUUCACAACAGAAAAAUAAAAAAAAACCGACGGUGCACAAAUGUGGAUUAUUCAGGCGUCUGACUAGAGGUCAAUGAAUCUUAAGGUUUCACGCGCUCGACGGGGAGAUCUGCGCGCGCACACCCGAGAGCACAGCGCUGCGCUCUCGCGGCGUUCCCGCGAACUAACUGCGCGCGGUACUUAUUUAUUCACCCCUUCUCCAGCGCCGGGCCCGCGGACCAGUCGGGUCCUGCCCUUCCUGCCGGGCGGCUACGCGGUGCAGCGCUCUGGCGGCGGCUCUGGGAACACCGCGCUGCCACACGUGGGCCUGGAAGACGUCCCGUCCAAGGAGGAAUAUCUCUGAUGUGACACGGGCUCUUGCCUCCGUCGACGAUGACCAUGCUGACAGCUCAGUUGCUCUGGUUGGGAGUACUGCCGCUGGCGGUGGGCGAGGAUCCGUGUCUCCCCGUCGCAUCGCCCCCUCGCGGCCCCGCCUGCGGGCUCUACCGCAACUCCAGCUCUUUGGUGUGCUCGGGCGGCAUCACCAGCGACCACCUGUCCGGCAGCUCGCAGCUGAGGUCUCUGACGCUGUGUCACUGGCCGGUGCCGACCUUCGACCCGGUGGUGGUGGCCACCCUGUUCCAGCAGCUGGAGGAGCUCUCCCUCGUGUCCAGCGGGGUGGUACGCCUGCUCAACGGCUUCCCCGCCAUGCCGCGACUGCAGACGCUGAACCUGUCCGGACUGCACCUGCACCGUCUGGAAGACGGAGUCUUCUCCAGACUGGACAACCUGCGCGCGUUGGACCUGAGCGGCAACAACCUCACGCACCUAGGCGCCGAGGCGCUGGCCGGGAUGACGUCAGCGGGGCGCGUCUACCUCGCCCGCAACCCGUGGGACUGCCGCGGCGACCUCACGUGGCUGGUGGACGACGCGAGGAACAGCUCCGUGGCGCGGCGCGUGGUGGACCGCGACAAGACGACCUGCGGGGACCCGCAGUACCGCGGCAAGCCCCUGCGGCCCGUCAUGGCCAUCUUCAAGGCGAUGGACGACGACUGUCCCCGCGGGCCGCCCUCCAACUGCAGCUGCACCGUGCUGCACAUCGUGUGGGAGCCCGGCCAGCGCUACCUGGUGCCCAACAUCGUGGUGAACUGCAGCCACCAGGGGCUGGACGCGCUGCCCGCCUCGCUGCCCGCCAACACCACCACGCUCCACGUCGCGGGCAACCAGAUCCGGGACGUGAGGCCGCUGGCCGCCAACCCGGCCUACCGCACCGUGGUGGACGUGUACCUGGACGGCAACUCCGUGGAGUCGCUGGAGGAGCUGGAGGGCUCCCGCUGGCUGGCGCAGUUCCGCGCGCUGUCCCUGCGCUCCAACGGCCUGGCGCGGCUGCCCACGUACGCGCUGGACCACGCGCUGCAGCGCAACCGCAACGCGCUGGUGCUGCUGCUCGGCGGAAACCCCUGGACGUGCGACUGCGUCUUCACGCCCGCCUUCCAGGAUUUACUCAUGAAGUACACAGACCUAGUCAAAGAUGUCGGUGAUGUGAAAUGUUCCUCGGUGGAAGGAGAUGAGAAUUCUUUGCUACCGAUCAGGGAGCUGUCGCGCAGCGCCGUGUGCGUGCCCCCGAGCGAGUACCUCAUCCAGCCGCUGGACCUGCUGAACGCCGUGCUGGCGGCGCUCAUCGUGCUGGUGGUCGGCAAGCUCGCCUACGACUACUGGACCUUCAAGAAGACCGGCAAGGUGCCCUGGAUCGUCACUAAGAUGCCCUAGACACGGGCGUCGCCGGCCGUCUCCCGUCUCUCCCGGCAUUGGCGUAGCUGUGUUCAUAAAGUUGGGAGGGGGGACGGGACAAAUAAUGAUUUUUAUGUCAUGCAAACCCUUUCCCCCCUCUUACUAAGGCGGGGGGGGUCCGGGGGUCCUCCACAGGAAAAUUUCGAUUUUAAAAGUGCAAAAAAGCACUUUUUAAGCAGUUUUUGUAUCUAACCAUUGGAUACAUCGAUGUUAAAAAUAUUAUUGUUUCCUAAAGAUAAAAUUCGAUGAGUGAAGAAAUUAAAAAAAUAAAGUUGGGCAGAAUAACAUUAUAAAUUAAAAUAUCACGGUCUAGAAAGUUGGGGGGGGGGGGGGGGGACAGUCCCCUCCACCCAAAAAGUUCAUGGGGACACGUCCCCCCUGUCCCCCCCGGUUCCUACGCCCCUGUCUCUCCCCACUUCCCCGUUCUUCACUCCGUCUCUCCCUAGCCCGUCGACGACCGUCCGAAGAGAGAAACAGUACGUUCCCCUCUCGUUCUUCCGUCGACCGCGAGAUCACGGUGACACGCGGCAUACACAGAGACCUGAAAAUUUCGCGGAUUCAUUUCGUGUUACGCUAAAAUUCAAAUAAAUAUACCUCAGUGCUGCUUCUGCCAUUGGUUCACUGUUGAUCUGGAUGACUGAGGGCCAAUUAGAGACCCUCCCCCAAUAGAAGUGUCGAAUCACAGGCCCACCCAGUCGAGACCGACUCACAAGUCAACAAGCAGUCAGUGAACAGUUGGCAUUUGCCCGAGUGUGUAGAGGAUAUUGGAGUCUAUCCUGGAGGUCAUUGAACCCGCGAAUUUUUCCCGGUCUCUAGGUAUACAGCAUGGGUCUGGAUUUGACUGACAAACUUUGUUCUGCAGGCUCGUCGUGACGAAAUAAGUUGAAAUUACACGCCUUAUGGUCUGAACGUCUUAUUAGGGGCCGAAUAACAGUUUUAUUGUAAAACCAAACCAAUAACCCGCGGUUUCGCUCACUCUGUCUCAGGGUACUGCUGAUGGUAACAAAGUUUGGUAGGUAGUUUUAGUUUGUCUAUUAAUGGACCCAAUAUCGUUUCUGAUGCUUGAUUAGCUUUGGAGAUAUAAUUGAUAUAUCGUAACCAUAUUUACCCCUUUUUCACAUUUAACAGGUGUAUUUCACAAUAUGGUAAAACUGUAUGUUUAUUAUUACUACUAAAUAUAUGGGAUUAGUUUUGGAGAUAUAUAUCCUAACCAUAUUUAACCUUUUUUUCACACCUUACAGAGUUGUAUUUCACAAAAUGGUAAAAUUUUGUUUAGAAAUUACCUAUGUUUAUUAUAACCCAAUAUAUAUUAUCAUGCUUGAUUAGAUUAGGAGAUAUAUUUAUUUCAGAACAACAUUCACCCCAAUUUCACCCCGUGUUUAUUAUUGGUACUUAACUUUUUUUUUAUGUUUGCUCAGCUUCGGAGCUAUAAUUAUUUACCUUAAAACCAUAUUUACCCCUUUUUCAACUUUUUAAAUGUGAAAUUAUUUAAUUAUGUAUAGCAUAGUGUUUAAGUUAGCCAAAUACAUUAUUAAUAAAAAAAAUGUUUUCAUCAAAAUCUGUUAAUAGUUUUCUAGUGAUGCCUGAAUAGACGAUAAAACAGAGUUUUUUUUCCUUCAAAAUUUCAUCUAAUGUACAGACUUUUUACCUCAAACCGUUUUAUUUUUAGUUUUGAUAAAGUAUUAAAGAUGGAACACUGGAUAAUGUUUAAUUUAUGAAGUUAUACAAAAAAACUUAUUGCUGUCUUAAAAAGGCUUCAUAUUGAAAUAAUUGAGGGUAACACCUUUACUUUCCAUAUAUUCUUGUGACGUGUUACUCAACCUAAUUAUUUCAAUGAACUAAAUUUUUGACAGCUAUAAAAUACGGGUUGGUUGUAGAACUUCAUUCAAUUAAAUAUAAUCCAGUCGUUCAGUGUUCCAUCUCAACUACUUUAUUUAUUACAAAUAAAUGUUGUUCAGCUUCAAAUUCAAAGACAGGUAGGUACCAGCUGUGGGAAGCACGUUAGACUGUAAGGCGUGUUAUUGAUUUCAACUUACAAACCUGCAACCGAAGGUUGUCGGUUCGCAUUCGUAUUCAUCCUGUAUAGUCUGUGUCAUUUGACUAACGUUCAGUUUGACAGUUCUCAAAGAUGUACUACUGCCAGCGGUACACAUCAUUCACCAGCACCGUUGACAGAGUAACAGUGGCAGGAGGACUCACAGACCUUUGCUUUACUUUCGGGAAAUUUCGGAUUGGAGACGAGCAAGUUGGCAAGUACUAUGCACGUUAGUGAAAAAUCGGGGGAAUGGGAUCCGACAGGGCCUAAAAAAGGGUGAGAACCGUUUCGGUAUUUCGCCUUGCGUUUCAUUUCAGGGAAACCGUUUGUGGUGGGGGUGGGGAUAACCCCGAAAACCUGGAUGGAAAGACCCAGGAUUUCAAUCCUUGUCCUCUCGCGAAUGUGAAUCCAAAAUUUCGCUUUACCACCUCCUUUUUUUCAAUUCAGGGCUGGAUUCAACUGCCGUGCCAAUAUGGCUGUAUUCAUUCUCUGGUACCAUGGACAGAGACGUAACUUCCUUUGGAAAGAUACCUUUUCUCAGUGUCGUCCAAGACUAAUCAAAUAUGGUUAUUUAUUUUAAAACAAUACUUACCCAUUUUUCCGCUCAUUAUGGGGUUGAAGUUUGCAAAAUGUUAAUAAAAAUUUGGGGGUUGGUUGUUUUGGUAUGUUUAUCAUUGGUACUAAAUUUUUUUCCUAUGCUUGAUCAGCUUCGGAGAUAUAUAAUUAUGUGUAUGUUAAAAUCAAGUUUGGCCAUGUGUUGGUCUUCCAAAUGAAAGCGGAGGUAUGCCUGUUUCAAGCAUGCCUUUGCUACCGAACGGGGGGAAAUUCUCGCGACCAUCCUCGUCUCUAAUGCAACUGAAUCUCGGAAAUGUCAACUUUGGUUCGAGACUGGGAACACAAUGAGUUUCAGACUCCCGGAGGCUGGGGCGUCCAGAUGACGUAACUGUGUGAAGAACGUGUGCGUGUUGACUUGCAAUGACUACUCAUGGACCGCCGUUGUCUUGUCAGCUGCUCCUUGCUGAAGUGAAGUGACUGAAUCGAAAGACAACGAGCAUACAUGUCCUGAAAACUGGACGAAAAAUGUAUCUCAAAAUUAUGGCUUUUUCACAUUCCUUUUGGACAGUUCUUCAUUACUUAAUUUUUAAAAAUUUUUACAGGUUUAUGAAAUUAUUUUUCAGUAAUAAUACUCGGUCGUUAUUUUCUUGUUCGUAAAUAAUACCUCAACUUUGAGGUGUUGAGUGUGGCUGACAGGCAUGUUAAAGAAUCGUACUUAAGAUAUGAAUGAUCAAGAUAACGAAUUGAGAAGACUGAAGAAAGACUUAUUCGCAAAGCGAAGGAAUCUCUCGCCAUACAAUUUGUAAGCUGGAAUUUUGGGAAGAAAAUUUUUUUAAUUUUUCGAACCUAUAAUAUUUUUCAUCUCUUUUCAAAUUUGCAGUAAUGCCUUUAAUUUUUAGUUAAAACGGGAUACUUGUUGUAUCAAGAAUUCGUUUUUUCACACCAAUUGGCCAGCCAAAUCCAAAUAUGUUGGGUAUACAUUCAACUGCCAUAAAAAUGUUUUAGCUAAAUUGUACGAAUCAAUGGUAAUAAAAAUUGUUACCUUCAUUAUGCGCAGCGGUAAAGAUUUGUUCAGCUGUAGGCAUGCAUUCAGUAUUAGCAAGCAGCGCACUUGAAAUGAAGUAUUUCGUGUGAAGUCUAGUCAAGUUUGUUGUCCUGCGAGAAAUUGUUGCUACUUAAAAGAACAGUUAAUUAUGUACGAUUCAAUAAUGAAGAGAUUAGGUUUGAAACCCAAGUAUUAAAUAUUAUUUAUUUUAAAAUACGAAUAAAAACUUCAAUCAGCACUGACUGCCUUUCGUAAAUGUGUAUCCACGUGUUUUUAUAAAACUUUUAACCUGAUUGUGCUACAAUAAUGAAUGAAAUAGGAGUGAUAGUGGUGCCAGUCUAUAAUAUGUGUAUUUUACUAUAUGAAUAUGGUCUGUUGUAUGUGAGUGUAGACACAUAAUAGCUUUAUUAUAGAAAAAAGGGACACAUUCAUAUUUUGUGAGACUGGUAAGCACAUCUUUAACUUUUGAGAGUAAAUGUUUUAUUUCAAUAAUUAUUUCUAUACACAUUAAUGGCGGAAGCUAAAACAAAAUUAAAACUUAAGUUCGAAAUGUUCCAUUUAACAAGUAAAUAGGUAGCCAAAAAAGCUAUCUUUUUUUUAAUGGAAAAUACCGAUACAUAAUGAAGGAUUCUGUGUUUGGAAUGAAUUAAUGUAAAAUUGUGUAAUUAUUUUGGUGUUAAGUUUCGAACGAGAUUUAUACCCCUCAUUUGUGUUUGCUAAAUAUUUUCUAAAUUUUUUUAAUGAAGCUAUCCUAGGCUUUAGUGGCAAGCCUAUCACAGUUCGAAAGCAGUGUAACUAAUGUUGCCUUUGAGUUUAUUAUUUUAACCAACAGAAAAGGAAAUGCUUGGACUUUAAAGGAUUGUGCUUAUGGUCAUGUGUAUUUUUGUACUAAUUGUGAUACUGUAAACUUAAUGUUACCAAUAUUUUACGUUUGUCUUCAGUUAUUUUAUUAUUUAAGUUAUAAUAUAUUGAACAUGAUUUUAUUUAUUUAUUGUGGAAUAUAGCUAGGAGUGUUUAUGGUUCCAUGAACAUUGCUACAAAUUUAAAACAAAAUUAAAGUUAUGCAGUACUUAAAAACUGCCAAAACAGACACAUUCCUGCCACAAUUAUGACUUUAUAACUUUUGUGUUGCUUUUACACCCAAGUUUCACCUUAAUUUGGUUUACACUUUGUGUCUUGGAGUCCACGUCUGUUUCUAAAAGUUUCUAAUUCAAGUGAAAUUAGGGGCAUUUAAUGUAAAUUACCAGGACUCAUUUAAACAUGUCUGAUUUUAAACAACUUCCUUAUUAUAAAAGUUGACUGACUUAAGUCAUACCUUUUUAGACAAGUGUGCUACAAACUUGAGUCAUGUAAUUCAGUAUGUGUUGAAAAAAUCUUCUUUCUGCAUUUUUACAUACUUGCUUUUUUUUUUAAUACUUUAACAGUGGUCAAUAUAUUUUAUACUUUAUUUAAAAUAAUAAUAAAUGAGAUGCAGGGAUUGUGUUUAAUAACAGUACGCUGAUCUUAAUAGUUAGGUAUACUUUACAAAAACAUUUUAUUAUAUUAUGACUGAAAAAAAAAUGUUUUUACGUAACGAAAGAGGCUCUAAUUUGCCAUAUUUUUGUUUAUGUUAUUAGAACAUAUGUAGUUUUAAUACAUUUAAUUGUAGUGCAUUUAAAUAAUAUGGUGAUGAUUUUGUGUUAGUGUGUGUGUUAUAUGUUAGAUAUAUUACGUGAGAUUAAUUUUUAUUACGACUUCUUUUUUUUCAGUUAGUUCGCACCUGUUUCUUGUGUAAAAUAUCCAAGCGUUAAACUGAAAAUAAUUUAAAUGUCACCAAAUCACACAAAAUAUUUUCAGUAACUUAAUAACAACAUAUAAACGUGAUAUAUUAAAACCUUCUUUGAAUGAUUCUAGAAAUGGAUAUUAUUGAAAUAUUGCUGAAACAUAAUAUGCUGGACAUACGUCAUUAUUGGUUUUGUUAGUGGUCAUAGGCAAAAAAAAAAAAAAAAAAGUAUUGAUGAACAUGUGGAGAACAUGCAAAUAUCAUAGGUAAUGUCAAAUUUUACGUGCUUGGACAACACAGAGAAUUUCAUAGAAGGAAUCAACUCAUCAGAAAUGACAGCACAGACAGACACAAUUGAAGGCAUUCUGAACAUGGCUUGAAUUUUAAGAUGUGAUGCGUUCAUAAAACUAUAUUUUCUUCAGGUUUUACGAAAAAUGCACUAAUAGUUUUUAAUUAUCUUCUGUAAUAUGUGAUUUGCAACACAACCUAGGUAAUGCUGCCGCUGAUACUGUAUUUUUGAUCACACCUUUUCUUGAAAACAUUAAUUUUAGUCCAUUGUUCGAGUUCAUUGAAGGUUUUUUUAACCAGGAUAUUACAUGGUUUAUUAGAAGUAACUUUUAUCUAUGAAAGUUUUGUAAUGUUAACUUUUCUCUGUGUUAAUAAAAGUGUCUGCUGCUUUUUUUUUUUGGGAAAUGGAUCUCACGUCAACCAUUGUUAAACUUUCUUUUUUUGCGUCCUAUUAUUGUUAUCGUGAAUUUCGUGGUAUAAUUGGACCAGAAACAAAAGAGCCUUCUCAGAUAUCUCUGUGCGCAUCGCGGAUCUUCCCCUAUCGCGGCGAGCUUGGAGGAGGGGUGGAAACCAACCAUUGCACUCGAGUCGGUCUUCUUAGAACUGCCAUAACUUAGAAACACACAACGCCGAACCACACUUCUUAGAAUCUCAUAACUUAGAAGCGCACAACUUAGAACUGACACGUAAAUUAUAAACACGCAACUUAGAACAGGCAUAACUUAGACAAUCUUUAUUAUGUGGUUCUAAGUUGUGGUUCUAAGUUGUGGUUCUAAGUUGUGGUUCUAAGUUGUGGUUCUAAGUUGUGGUUCUAAGUUUUGUUUCUUAAGUUUUGUUUCUUAAGUUUUGUUUCUUAAGUUUUGUUUCUAAGUUUUGUUUCUAAGUUUUGUUUCUAAGUUUUGUUUCUAAGUUUUGUUUCUAAGUUUUGUUUCUAAGUUUUGUUUCUAAGUUUUGUUUCUAAGUUUUGUUUCUAAGUUUUGUUUCUAAGUUUUGUUUCUAAGUUUUGUUUCUAAGUUUUGUUUCUAAGUUUUGUUUCUAAGUUUUGUUUCUAAGUUUUGUUUCUAAGUUGUGUUUCUAAUUUUGUGUUUCUUAUUGUGUGUUUCUAAGUUAUGUGUCUAAUUAGUGCGUGUUUAUGUUAUGACAACAAACCCAUUAUCAGCCAGGAGGCAGCUGCUUGACUAAUACCCUCCCCCUCCCUGAUGCGCUCAUCACGUGACCGCCGCUAUCUUAGCAGGUUCUUUUGUCUCUUGUAGCCUUAUAGUAUUGUGUCGUUAUCAUAAGUAUAUCAUGUAAAGAAUUUCGAAUCACUAAGAAAGUAAGUUUUCUUUGUAGUUCGUGUAAAUAUGCAUUAUUUGCACAUUUUGGGACCACAAGCAAGUGUUAAGUGUAAAUAUUUACCUACAAACUUUUUGUCUAAAUGCUGCUUCGUUUGUGUUCUUAAAAAAACCUUUAAAUUAGACUAUAUUGGUGUAAAUUUAUUUAAAAUGAAAUUGUGUGGUACAUAGUUACCGUUAUGCUUGUUCGGCAUGAACAGCAUUGCUUUACUUAGUUCGAAGAAACAAAGUUUUUUUGUUCUUUUUCGUGUUUUUUUUUGCUGUAAGUUCGUAAUACAAAGUAAUUUAUUAUAAGUCUUAAUUUGUGUAAUGUAAAUUUGUUAUAAUUAAGUAACAUUAAUAAAACUAAAUAAACAUACCUAUAUAUUCUAGUUAAUGUUUAUUAUUUAU